UUUAUCUCCCUGUUCUCCUAGAGCCAUGCUAAACUGACAGCUGAGGAGGCUUUUAAGCCAUCAUAGCAAGGUCGGGUCAAGAGAGGGAUGAACAGAACAUGGACAGGAGGUGCCUGCAGACAUUUGGAGUGAGAAGGUUGCUGGAGGAAGUUUCUGUGUCAGUGUGGGAAGAAGAGCUCAGAAGGGGCCACAGGGUCGUCAUCAUGGAUCCUCUGCUGGAAGCCAAUGGCACCUUUGCCUUAAACCUUUUGAAAACACUGGGUGAAGACAGCUCAAAAAAUAUACUUUUCUCACCCAUGAGCAUCUCCUCAGCCCUGGGCAUGGUCUUCAUGGGGGCAAAAGGAACGACUGCAAGCCAAAUGUGUCAGGCACUGUCUUUGGAUAAAUGCAGCAGCAAUAAAGGUGGAGAUGUUCACCAGGGCUUCCAGUCACUUCUCACAGAAGUGAACAGGACUGGCACACAGUACUUGCUCAAAACAGCCAACAGGCUCUUCGGGGAAAAGACUUUUGAUAUCCUAGCUUCUUUUAAAGAUUCCUGCCUCAAGUUCUACAAAGCAGAGAUGGAAGAGCUGGACUUCAAGGGUGCUACAGAGCAGUCCCGGCAGCACAUCAACACCUGGGUAGCCAAAGAGACAGAAGAUAAAAUUACAGGGUUGCUUUCUUCAGGUUCAGUGAAUUCAAACACUCUGCUGGUCCUUGUGAAUGCCAUCUACUUCAAAGGAAACUGGGAGAAGCCAUUUAACAAAGAGGACACUCAAGAAAUGCCUUUCAAAGUCACCAAGAAUGAGGAGAAACCUGUGCAAAUGAUGUUUAGGAAGUCUAUCUUUAAGAUGACCUAUGUGGAAGAGAUAUCCACUACCAUUCUGUUGCUUCCCUAUGUGGGCAAUGAACUGAAUAUGAUCAUCAUGCUUCCAGAUGACCACAUUGAACUGAAAAUGGUGGAAGAGGAAAUAACUUACAAGAAAUUCAUAGAGUGGACGAGGCUGGACACGAUGGAAGAAGAAGAGGUGGAGGUUUUCUUCCCAAGGUUUAAACUGGAGGAGACCUAUGACAUGAAGGAUGUCCUGUGCAGGCUGGGCAUGACUGAUGCCUUUGAGCAGGGCAUGGCGGACUUUUCAGGAAUAGCAUCUAAAGAAGGCUUGUUUCUAUCCCAGGUCAUUCACAAGUCCUUUGUGGAAGUCAAUGAGGAGGGCACAGAAGCUGCAGCUGCCACUUCAGCCAAUGUAGCUUUUAGGAGUAUGGUCCCUUACUUCUGUGCCAACCACCCUUUCCUUUUCUUCAUCCAACACAGCCAGACCAAUGGGAUUGUGUUCUGUGGCCAGUUCUCCUCCCCGUGAGAAAGGAUGCUGCCUUUGCCCACUCUCUUUCUCAUAAUUUGUCUGUGGAUCAGUAAAUGUUGUGACAAUUUGGUGCUUGGUCGUACAUACCUGUAAAGCCAACCUUUAGCAGAUGAAGAUGGAAAAAUCACACAUCAAGUAGGGCUAGCCUCAGCUACAUAGCAAGUUCAAAGCAAGCCUGGGCUACACUAGACCAUUAAAUACAAAACCAAAUCAAAUCAAAACAAUACAAAAAGAAAAUACUAUUCCCAUGUCUGGAUGCUUUAUUAAAAAGAAGUGUUUAGUUUACAGAUUUGGAAGCUGCAGAACAUAGUUGGGGCUUCUACACAGCUCCAGGGGAAAUGGCUUCACAACAGCAGGAUAAUGCAAGAGUGUUGAGCAGUAUGUAAAGUUCAAAUUCCUUAUGAAUAAGUCAUUCUUAUGGGGCUUAAUCUAACACCUCAAUACAUACAUUAACCCUUUCCUAGACUGUAACCUUUAAGACUGAAGUAACUUUAUGGCCACAUGGAAGAGUGUAUUGUCAUGCCGUGAACCAUCAUGAGAUAAACUUCAUCUAAGUGAGCACCCUUCUUCUUCUCUGCAGCAAUCCUGGGAUGUCAAUUUUUUGGUUACUUAGUAAUUUUUUUUUUACAGUACUGGAGAUUUCCUAUGGGCCUUAUAUAUACAAGGCAACUACUAUACACUAAAUUGUAUCUACAAUUUCCUUUAAAACAAAUUUUUUUUCUUUUGAGAGAGGGUCUCAUUGAGUUUCCCAGGUUGGCCCUAAACUCUCUCUGUAGCUCAAGUACACCUUGAGCUUGAGACCUUUCCUCAGUCACCUGGAUAGCUAGGACUACAACUUUGUGGCACCAUGUCUAAUGUUCCCGUUAGUUUGUAAAGCACUUGGGAAAAGGGAAUUCUGGGUAAAGCAACUGGGUUAUAAUCCUAUUCUACUGCAGGGUGUACCUUUGAGAUCUACAAGCCUGAGGUCUACUUUGACAUGAAUGCAGGGCAAGUUGCCCCACCACAGAUAAAUAAAGCCACAAAUGAGAACAGAAUAGUGUACAACAAAGAAAUGUUCCUAGGAAAAUCCCCUGUCCCUGAAUCCUGAUGGGUGGAAAAUGGAGCUGUAACUUGACAAAACAACAACAACAACAACAA